AUGGUAUACAAAGAGACUAUGAACGAUUCAGAUAGUGAGAUACACUCUCCAGCAGUUGGCAUGAUUCCUUCGCCUACAGAUGUAGGUGCACUUGCCAAUAGAAUCAAUUUUUGCACGCGUGACAUGCAUACUAAGGCAGACGCUUUUGUAAUGGGAAAGAUGGCAUUGGCUAUGAGACAUGGGUUUAUAUAUAGACAAGGUAUUUUAGCCUUCUAUUAUAUCUUCCAUGCAGUUGAACAGCAAAUAGAUCGGUUAUUGGAGACUCCUAGUACGAAGGAGGAGCUUCAAAUUAGUGCAAUUUUGAGGCAGUUUUGGUGUGAAGAAUUUAGGCGCAGUGGCAGAUUAUUGCGUGAUUUGGAGUUCUUUUAUCACCAUGAGUAUCCUACGCAGAAUGAAUUACAGCAGUUUUUAAAUGAUUUUGAACUUCCUCCCAAGUUACAAAGGUUUGUUGAUUUUAUAAGGGACAAGACGAUGGAAAAUCCCAGUACAAUUUUGGCAUACUGUCAUGUUUUAUACAAUGCCUUAUUUGCAGGCGGGAAGGUAAUGCGUUCCAAUAUCUACCGUAAUAUAGGGUUAUUCCCCAAGCCCAAAGGGAUAUCAGCAGCUGAAUCGUCGCGCAAUGGCACUAACUUCUUCACAUUUAGUGAUGACGGUGUUGAUGAAGAAAAUAAAUUACGUUGGCAAUAUAAAAAGAAUUACGAAUUGGCUACAAGGGAAGGCCUGGAUGAGAACCAAAAAUUGGAAAUCAUUGAUGUGUCAAUUGCUAAUUUUCAAGCUGUUAUGGACAUUCUAGGUGAAAUUGGAGAAACUAAUAAAAAAGAAUUGAUGAACAUCUUUUCAUUCAAACUGUUGACAUUUCUAUCUAAUGAAUGGAGGUAUAAUCAAAAACUAUCUUCAGAGGUUAAACAGGCACUUGCAAUUGCUGUCUUCUUCAUAAACUUCUUGAUGAUAUACUUCACACUUAGGACAAUUUUCUGGUAA